AUGAUAUCUGGAGAAGACGAAAACCAAAUUAUUUAAGUUGGAUAACAAAGAAUCAAGAUAUAUCUAAAAAAAUUGAUAGGUGCAGGUGCUUAUGGUAAAGUUUAUUUAUCUGAUUAUUACGAAAAUGAAUCAAGUUCCCCAAAAAUAUCUGCUACCAAAAUUCUGGAUAAUAAUCAAAAAGAUCUCAUAGAUAUUACUAGAGAAAUUUAAAUAAUUACUUAAAUUGAAGGAGAAAACAUAGUAGAAGCAUAUCUUGCUUUUAAAAAUACUAGUUAAGUAUAUAUCGUUAGCGAAUAUUGUGAGCAAGGUACGCUUGAUGAUUAUUGCAAAAAAAAUAAUUUAAGUAUUUUAGACAUUAUGUAAUUAUUUAAGAAAAUACUUGAAGGAUAUAAAUUAUUAAAGGCAAAUAAUGUAAUCCAUCGAGAUAUUAAACAUGAAAAUAUUCUUAUGAAGAAUGGAAUCCCUAAGAUAGCAGAUUUUGGGUUAGCUAAGGUCACCCGUGAUAAUACUAUACAAAAUGAACAUACACUAAAUAAAGGUACUCCUGUCUAUUCUUCUCCUUAGGUAUUUUAAGAAAUUAGCUACAGUUAUAAAGCUGAUAUUUAUAGCUUAGGAGUUGUUCUUUAUAAAAUGAUUUACAAAAAAUAUCCAAAUAAGAUUUCUAGUUAUAUGCAAUUAUUGAAAUUUAUCAAAUAGCUUUAAAAAAUGCCCAUAUAAUCUGUAAUCAAUUUUGAUGAUAGUCCUGUUGUUAUCUAAGAAAUUAAAGAUCUAAUUUACAAAAUGAUGGCAUAUUAAGAAUGUGAUAGAAUUACCUUAGAAGAUCUUAUUCCAUCUGUUCAGAAAGUUAUAGAUAUAUUGUAAAAAGAAAAUAUUUUAUAAAAAAAUAGAUUUGAAUAAAAUUAAUAAGCUGUAUUUGGCGUCACUCCUUAACCACCAGAGGAUGAUAAUAGUUCAUAUGAAAAUCCACCUAAUAGAGCCAAUACAAAUUAUAACAUGGAAUAAUUUAAUAAAAAUCUUUAAUUGCCUAACACAAAAAAAAUACCCCAAUAGCAGAAUAUGAACAUCUAAGGAUAUGCACAUAAUAAUCAUAACUAAUAGCAAGUAUAGUUAAAUCCUUAGCCAAAUAAUAAUUGUAUUCCAAAAUAAGAAGACUUAUAAAGAAAUUCUAUUUCUUCUCAUUAUUAGAAAGGCUAACAAAAUUAUUUAUAAGAUUGUAAUCUGAUCCCACAAUAAAUUUCAAAUUAAUAUAAUUCAAUUGCAAAUUUUUAGCAGCAAGCAUAACAAAACAAUUUUACAAAUAAUAAUGACAAAUUUCCAUAGUAAAAUUUUGAUUCAGCUUAAAGAUAAUCAAAUGAAAAUUUCUUAAUUUAAAACUAAUAAUCUGCUUAGAAUGUUAUAGGUAUUUAGCCAAAUGAAAAUAAAUUAAAAAAAAGAUUUAAUACACUUUAAGGUGAUGAUAUAUUUGGCUAAACUCCAAAGUAUUCUUAAGAUUUUAAUCAUAUCCCACAAUAAUUUUAAAAUCAAAAAAAUCCAAUUGUAAAUUGUUAGCAGCAGCAAACAUAACAAAAUUAUUUUACUAAUAAUAAUGACAAAUUUCCAUAGUAAAAUUUUGAUUCGGCUUAAAGAUAAUCAAAUGAAAAUUUCUUAAUGUAAAACUAAUAAAAUUAUUCUUCAAAUAAUAAUAAUUAAUUUCCUUAAUAGAAAGCUAUUGAUUUAAAAGGAGGCUAACCUAUCUACUUUUAAUAAAAUUAUUAUUCAAAUAAUAUUAACAACGCUCAACAGUAUGAAAAUAAUAAUAUAAUAAAUUAAAAUGAAAAUUAUUAACAACAACAAAAUCUUUCAAAUAAUAGAAGAAGCUUAUUCAUCCCUAAAUAACUAAUAAAUGCUGAUGAAAAAAAAAAUAUUUAGCUAAAUAAUUAAAAUUAUUAGUAUUAACAAUAAUAAUAAUAGUAAUAAAUUAAUCAAAUUCCUAAUACAAACAGAGCAAAAACAUUAUAAGGCAUGGAUAAGAAUGAAUUAAUAUAAAUUUAAAAAGAAAUGAACAAUCUAUCCAUUAACCAACCAAACUAAAAUCAAACUCAUUAAUAAACCGCACAAAAUAUAUAACAAUACCCCAUACAAAAUAUUAACUAAGAUAUUAAUGGCUAAAGAAAAGAAAUUAAAUAAAAUGAAAAAUAUCUUUAGCUUUAAUUACCUAAAAACUAUUAAAUCUAAGAAUAAAAUUUGAACAAUUUAACAACUAAAAAUUAAUAAACAUAACCAAUAUAACCUAUGUAAGUUUAAUAAAACAGUGGUUAGUAAAUUUAGAAUAUCUAGCAAUAACCUUUUAUAGUAUAAUAAUAAACUUAAUAUUAGUAAAACAUUUAACCAUAAUUACAGCCAAGUUAGUUAUUCAAUAAUAUUAAUUAGUAAUAAUCAAUUACUGAAUAAUAAAACAAAUUUCAUUUCUAAUAAUUCCCAUAAUAUAAAUCUAAAACAGCAUAAUUCUAAUGA